CAACGUCAUCGGCAAGCGUCGCCGCCGGCGGUCCCCGCGCUUAUUGUAUCGACACCAUCCAUCACGUCCUCGAAGGAACGACUACUAGAACAUCAAGACGACGUUUUGGGUGAAUGACCUCGAUGGUGGCGUCGGACGAUGCAUGCAUCCUUGACAACUCAACGAAUCAAGAUGUGUCGAAUGACUUUGGCAUUACCCCAUCCAGCUGCACUCGCCUGCAUGUAUUCGCACGUAAACCGCGCCAACUCGUGAAACCUCCACCAAGUGCGAUUCGCCUCCUAUCGUGGUCGAAGACAAAGGCCAAGGACGACAGCCAGUUUUUCCAGAAUCAAGCCGUCCCGAGAGGGGUGUCGCAAUUCUCAUCGUCCCUGGCACCGAAACCCAAGCAACCAGCGUUGAAGAAGAAAGUGCAUGUGAAUUCAAAGCUUGGUAGUCGAGUGACGUACGACGCUGCUUUGGCAGCCUUUACCCGCGACAAGGCCUCGAUGUGUCAAACCCAUGUGAUCGACCCGUUGUCCAUCCAAGUUGGCAUUGCAUGUACCCAAGGCACUCGAGCGUACAUGGAAGAUCGUCAUGUGGUGAACCAACUCUUUGAGAACGUUGCGCUGGUUGCCGUAUUUGAUGGCCACAAUGGCGCAUGGGCGGCGGAAUUCGCAUCCACCCGCCUGAGUGCGCUCUUGACGACCAACGACCAACUGAAGAGUUAUGGAUCCGAGCGACCGAUACCUCCCGACGCCAUUGAAUCGAUCUACACGAUAUUGAAAACUGCGUUUCUUCAACUGGACCGCGAAAUCCUGUCUUACACUGUCGAGCAUGGCCGGCGAGAUGGAGCGACGGUGGCGUUAGUACUCGUCUUCAGCGACUUCGUGUUUGCGGCGAACGUCGGCGAUUCUCGAGUGGUCCUGGUGCGCCGACAACACCCUUCGCUUCACACCAAUGCAGCGACGUAUGUGGUCGAGCGCCUGUCCAUUGACCACAAACCGCACGUGGCGGCGGAAAAAGCGCGCAUCGUAAAUGCGGGCGGCAAUGUGGUAUUCUCGGGCUGCUGGCGGGUCACUCACCCAAAGUCGACGCUGCGGCUCGCCGUCAGUCGCUCCCUUGGCGACCACCAGCUUAAGAACGUCCCAUCGUCGUCGCCAUUGAACACACCCCUGGCGCUUGUGUCGGCGGUUCCACAUAUUCGGCAUUUCGCCAGGUCGGGCGGCGACAUCCUCGUGAUUGCCAGCGAUGGACUGUGGGACCGAGUCACAGACGGCGACACAAUGCACCAAAUCGUGGCCGAUCUUGACGAGAGCUUCCAGCACGACCUCAACCCACCACCAGAACAUUUCGUGACACAGUCGGCUGCUGCCCUCGUCGAGCUGGCGCUCACGCGGCGAACGGCGGACAACGUCACGGUGGCAGUCGUGGCACUCUAGAAGCCACCCGCUCGAAUGAAUCCUAUCUAUUCUGUCCUCCAUUCACGACUGUGGGUGGCGCCUAGCGCUCGCGCAAAAGGAUCAUGUCUGUGAGCAGGGGAUGUCGGGCAGUCGAGGCGGCCUGCGCUGCGCGUGGGAUUUCCAAGCACACCACGGCGCUACUGUGGACCCCGGAAAAAGCCGACAUAUGGUUUCAUCCUGAAAAUGCAAGAAGAAUAAAAUCAAUACUUCGAGGUAUAACGUUAUUAUAAUUUCUUGAAUUCG